CGUCAAAGCCAUCACCAAUUUUGACACCAUUUUGACGGUCCGAUUUUCCACCUGUUUCUCCCUAAACCCUCUGAUUCUUCUCCUUUUCUCCGAAGAUUUUUUAGGGUUUCAGAGUCCAAUUCUCUGAAGAAUUUCUAGGUUUCUGUAACAGGACCUUGCUUUUACUAUUUGUCCUCGAGCGCAAGCUUCGGGUGCCAUUAAAGGAGGGGAUUUUGAAGGUCUUUUUGCAUUUUGAGCUGAGGCCGAGAAGAAUGGCUGAUUUUUAGGGUUGCGCAGUUGAUUUCUAGGGUAACGGUUGGUAGUGGUGUUCUGAGCAACAAGUGGAGCGGGAAAAACGGUUUCUAGGGUUUUAGUGACUGAGAAACUGGUGAAUUUCGUGUUUGUGUUCUGGUUUUUAGUGGAAUUGCAGAAGCAGAGGGGAAGGACUUUGCAGAGUCGGAAGGAGAAGAGAGGUGAUUUAUUGGGUUUUAUAUUUUGAUUAAAGAGUUCAUUUUUCCUAAUUAGAAGAAAGGAGGGAGCAUGUCUGAGGUCUUAUCAGAGAUGAGUGAGGCAUGAAGCUUGCUGAAUUUUAGGCUUUGUUUCUGUGUUGGAUGGGAUAUAAAUCCAGAGAAAAUGUAUUUGGUUGCCAUGCGCAAGUCGUUUAAGGACUCUCUGAAAGCUCUUGAAGCUGACAUUCAGCACGCCAAUACUCUGGCCUCAGAUUUUUCAAGGGAAUAUGAUGGUGCUUGUCUCCAAAUGAGAAUGUCAUAUAGUCCAGCUGCACAUUUAUUCCUAUUCUUGGUGCAGUGGACUGAUGUUAGCCUCGCUGGCGCCCUUGGACUCCUAAGAAUCCUAAUUUACAAGGUUUAUGUGGAUGGUACAACAACCAUGUCGACACAUGAAAGAAAGGCAAGCAUUAGAGAAUUUUAUGCUGUGAUAUUUCCUUCUUUAAUGCAAUUACAAAGAGGGAUCACAGACACAGAAGACAGGAAGCAGAAGGCGGCCUGUAUGGAGAGAUAUCGGAGGAGAGAUGAUGAAGAACGAAGGCAUCUUUCUGAGGUAGACAUAGAGAGGGAAGAAGAAUGUGGAAUUUGCAUGGAGUUGAGUAGCAAGAUUGCAUUACCUACUUGCGGCCAUGCAAUGUGCAUGAAGUGCUUUCGUGAAUGGCAUGCAAGGUCCCAGUCAUGCCCAUUCUGCCGAGACAGCCUCAAGAGAGUAAACUCCGAGGACCUUUGGAUUUUGACAGACACCAGAGAGAUUGUGGAUAUGGCUACCCUAACAAGAGAGAACUUGAGGAGGCUCUUCAUGUACAUAGAUAAGUUGCCCCUCAUUGUCCCCGAAUCCGUUUUCGACACCUAUGAUUCUCAUUUAAAAUGAGUGACCCUCGAAAUUAUAGGUGCUUCUUCCCAUGUCAUAUGAUGAUCUUCAAUUCCUUUCAUGUUGCAGUUGAUAUCUGAAUAUUAGUGAUUCCUGCAUUCUUCAGAGUCAAGGAAGACAACAAAACAGUAGUUAUAAUAUCUUUGCGAAAGUGUGAGCUCUGUAAAUUCUAGUUGGGACCAUGUAAAGGUUUGUACAGUCUAACUCUUUGUCCAUAAUGUGGUGCACAUGUAGAUAUUAAUGGUUGAUUCCCCCUGUGACCUACUCUCUCUCACGCGCACCCAUUAAUGCUUGAUUCCCCCUCUGACUUUCUCUC